GCUGCAUCCCUGCCCGGAGCGCAGCCGGCGCGGGCGCGGGACCGAGGCGAACCGGGUGCGGAGCCAAUACCCGGGGCAGCAGCACCAGCUCCUGCCCUCCACUGACUCCAGAGAGGGAGAUCCCCAGUACUUGACUCCAUCACGCAGAUGGGAGCAGGCACCAGCUAUGGAGAGGGAUACAGCUGCGUCUCCACAUGACCCAUCCUGCAUGACACCAAAGCCACCGCCAGACAGUGCCUCGGAUUCUAUGCAAAACCUGGGAAGCGGAGACCUACCCCAGCCCCGGGAGGAAGCUAGCUCUUCAGGGGACCGUCUGAGGACUGGAGUUUCAUCCAUGAACCUGGCUUCGAGGCCUUGCUUUUCUCUCUUCUUCAUUCAUAUUCAUUCCCAACACCUUAGAAGGUGUUGCUUAAUUUAUUUCUAGAAAAGCAGCCCAGAGUCAGUCAUUGAAGCCUUCCCCACCCCCUGGCCAAAAAAAAAAAAAAAAAAAACUGGACACAUUUUGGAUCUGUUGGGAGCUUGGAGUCCAGUGGUUGGCAUAAUUGUCACAUUGGGAGCAGAGAAGAAGCAACCAGGGGCCCUGAUCAGGGGACUGAGCCGUAGAGUCCCAGGAUGGCACCCAAUGGCACAGCCUCUUCCUUUUGCCUGGACUCUACCGCAUGCAAGAUCACCAUCACCGUGGUCCUUGCAGUCCUCAUCCUCAUCACGGUUGCUGGCAAUGUGGUCGUCUGUCUGGCCGUGGGCUUGAACCGCCGGCUCCGCAACCUGACCAAUUGUUUCAUCGUGUCCUUGGCUAUCACUGACCUGCUCCUCGGCCUCCUGGUGCUGCCCUUCUCUGCCAUCUACCAGCUGUCCUGCAAGUGGAGCUUUGGCAAGGUCUUCUGCAAUAUCUACACCAGCCUGGAUGUGAUGCUCUGCACAGCCUCCAUUCUUAACCUCUUCAUGAUCAGCCUCGACCGGUACUGCGCUGUCAUGGACCCACUGCGGUACCCUGUGCUGGUCACCCCAGUUCGGGUCGCCAUCUCUCUGGUCUUAAUUUGGGUCAUCUCCAUUACCCUGUCCUUUCUGUCUAUCCACCUGGGGUGGAACAGCAGGAACGAGACCAGCAAGGGCAAUCAUACCACUUCUAAGUGCAAAGUCCAGGUCAAUGAAGUGUACGGGCUGGUGGAUGGGCUGGUCACCUUCUACCUACCGCUACUGAUCAUGUGCAUCACCUACUACCGCAUCUUCAAGGUCGCCCGGGAUCAGGCCAAGAGGAUCAAUCACAUUAGCUCCUGGAAGGCAGCCACCAUCAGGGAGCACAAAGCCACAGUGACACUGGCUGCCGUCAUGGGGGCCUUCAUCAUCUGCUGGUUUCCCUACUUCACUGCGUUUGUGUACCGUGGGCUGAGAGGGGAUGAUGCCAUCAAUGAGGUGUUAGAAGCCAUCGUUCUGUGGCUGGGCUAUGCCAACUCGGCCCUGAACCCCAUCCUGUAUGCUGCGCUGAACAGAGACUUCCGCACCGGGUACCAACAGCUCUUCUGCUGCAGGCUCGCCAACCGCAACUCCCACAAAACUUCUCUGAGGUCCAACGCCUCUCAGCUGUCCAGGACCCAAAGCCGAGAACCCAGGCAACAGGAAGAGAAACCCCUGAAGCUCCAGGUGUGGAGUGGGACAGAAGUCACGGCCCCCCAGGGAGCCACAGACAGACCAUGGCUUUGCCUUCCAGAAUGCUGGUCUGUGGAACUGAUCCAUUCAUUCAUUCAUUUGUUCAUUCAUUCAUUUGCAAACAUUCAUCCAAUUCCUACCACAUGCCAGGAAUUAUGAUGAAUACUGGGGAUGUAGAAAUGAGAUUUUUUGGGUUUAUGGUGAUGAAGUUACAGAAAAUCAAUGGCACAGCCCUGGUCUCAGCUCUGCCAUCACUCAACUUGUAUCUUGAGCAAGUUCCUCCCCAUCUCAGGCCUCAGUUUCCUCAUCUCAUAGAGAGUUGGUCUUCCCUCACCGGGCUUCCUACUUGCCCUCCAGAGUUGCCUGAAGCUCACAUGAGCGAAGGGACAUGAACAUGCUCUGCCAUCUCCCCAUAGGACAUAAGUCCACGCUGGAGCGCUGAGCAUCAGACUCAAGAAAAGCUUGCGUGGAUAUUGCAGGCCCACCAACAAGGGCUCCAGGUUCUGGAGUUGUGGAGGCAAAACUGCCUAGUGAGAACCCUACAUAUUCCCUCUGGUCCUUGCAGCUGCCACCCCCAUUCCCAGGGGUGGAGUGUCCCUCCAUAGACUUGGGUCCUGGGCCCUCUGCUCCUUCACCACUGUCCAUCUGAAGCAAGCCUGGUUGCUCCUGCACUGAACUGUGGCCUCGGGCCCUGGACCCUGCCCUCAAAUCCACCCUCCAAGUGCACACCUGGAAACUUCCACUUCCAGCCCUGAUGGGUAAAACGCCCACCUACCAUAUCCUUGCGCAAUCUCUUAUUCAGGAGGCAGCUGGAGUGCAAAGCUGACUUAGUUCACAAAGUAUAAAAAAGUACAGGGAUGUGGUUCAGCUAGAAGGUGGUUGCCACUCUUGGGUUUAGUCUUGUAUAUCACUUUGUGCUGCCAUUACUUGUUUGAGCCCUGGGUUAAUAAGCCGCCUUUUCAGUUGAGUCCUUAAGGGAACUUAUUCAUUCAAUAAGCACUUAACAACAAUAGCUAACAUUCAUUGAGCAUCCACUACUGGCCCGUUUCAGAUGUCUGACAUUGUUUCUAGGCAUUCGUUGUUCUUCAGGGGCAUCCUACUCCCACCCCUGCACCAAGUGCUAAGGGCACAAAGUGAGAUAGAGCAUCUUCCACCCUGUGCCACCCUCGGCCACCUGCAAUUGCUCAUGGUCUAGUUAAGAAGCUGACCGGUCAGAUUCCGAGCCACACAUGCCAAGGAUUGAAGCCCAGAUGGGGCUGGCGCAUGGGCCCGGGAGCCCAUCCCGGAGAGGAGACCUCUGAGCUUUUAAAUGCAAACGAGAAAGACCCUUUCAUCCAAGGCAGGGCUGGACCCUUGAGACUCAGGGCCUCACUUCAUCCUCAACACAACCCUGGGAAGCAGGGACUUGCUUAAUCUCCACUUUAUAGGUGGGAAAACUGAGGCGCACAGAAGUCAAGUAAACUGCCCCCAAGGGAUACAACCCAAAGUUGCGAUCUGAGCAACAGCAGAAAUAGCAGCGCCUGCCGCAGACUGUCCUCCGGGCUGCCGGCAUGCUGCAGGGUAUGAGUGUCCAUCUCCUGCUCUGAUCCUCGUGGGCACCCUGGGUGGGGGGCUGUGAAGAAACCAGGGCCAGCAGAGAGGUGGUGCCUCCCAGGGUCAUGCAUGCAGCCGUGGAGGCAGGGCCAGAGCCGAGUCCAGAGCCCAUGCUCCUGGAGAUCACGGCUAUGGUCUGUCCUCCAGCCCCCAGGAGCAGGGGCAGAGGGCUUUGGCAGAGAAGGGUGGGGGAGCCAGUCAGAGGGCCCCACACUGUGGUUGAGGGCAUGGAGGGCGGAGGUAGCCAAGAACAGCCAGAGGUUGAUAUUCCCACCAAGACUGCCAGGGCGAUCAGGGCCUCAUGUGUCCCUCGAUAAGCUCGGCUGCCAGUUUCCCUGCUGGCUGAUAGCAUGUCCUCCAGCUCUCCGUCUGGGGACAAACCCGCACUGACCCAGAGCCGUUAUCACUGCCAAGAUUGGGCUGUCUGCCUGAGCCAAGAAUUCCGAAGGGAACGGAGCCAGCCUGCCCUGGGUGGGGUGGGGGCACCGUCGGCCAAGGGGUGACUCCAGAAGAUAGAGUGGCCAAGCUGGCUGGUCCUCCCUUCCCUGUGGCCAACCAGCAGCCACCCCACAAUGUUCCUGCCCAGCCUCUAUGAGUGCUCUUUGCAGCACACUCAGGGCAGCUCACCCCACAGUCAGGGGCCCCGGCUGGUCCCACCAUUCGAGAACCUGCUGGCUGCCUUGUGGGCAGACACCAUCCGCCCCUUCCUGACCCCUACUGUCCACCCCUCAUCACCUCUCCCCUGCCUCCUCUCAGAUACCUCUGCUCCCAGCCGCUCCCUGUCUGCUCCAUCACUCACAGUGAGCUCCCUAAAUUAUGAAUCUCAGUGUAGUGCCCCUGCUCAGGACCCUCCUCUGCCUCCCACGGCCGCCUGCACAUAGGUAGCCCUGUGUCCAUUUCCUGUGGCUGCCAUAACACAUCCCCACCAGCCUAGUGGCCAAACACAACACACGUUAUUCCGUUGCAGUUCAGGAGGCCGGAUGUCUGAGAUCAAGGUGCUAGCAGGGCUGGUUCCUUCUGAAGGCUUCCAGAGAGCCUCCCUUUCCUUACCUUUACCCACUUGUAGGCAGCCUGCAUGCCUUGGCUCAGGGCCCCUCUCACAUCACUCCAGCCUUUGCUUCCAAGGUCACGUCACCUUCUGCUCUGCUGUAGUCAGCUCUCUCCCUCUACCUCCUUGUUAGAAAGACACUCGCAAUUGCACGGAGGCCCGCCUGGGUAACCCAUGCUACUCUCGAGCCUCAGCUUAAAUUCCAUAACGUCAUCGAAUCUGCAAAGUCCCUUUUGCCGCGUAAGGUAACGUUCUCAAGGGAUUAGGAUGUGGACACAUUUGGGGGCCAUUAUUCAGCCUCCCACAAGUCCCAACCCUCUGGCCUGUCCUGAUUUGGUCCCUGCCCACCGUCCUGCUGCCCUUCCUGCCACCUCCCCAGGCCCAGCCACCAUCCUCUGCCCCAGCCAGAAUAAACCACCCAGAGCUCAGUGAGAAGCAUUUACCAAGGACUUGCCACCUGCCAGCACUGUUUGCAGUAGAGCAGUGAGAAAGGCUGAGGCCCUCUUCUCAUAGGAAUGUUACUCUACAGCAGGCGUUGUCACGGCGUGGCCCCCACCAGCAGGGGACUCCCAGAAACAGAGGAGCUGGCCUGGGCCGCCAGCCUUAAUGAGUGGUAGAGCUAGGAUUUGAGCCCGAGUCUCUCUGAUCCCAAAGCCUAGACUCUAGGACGAAAUGCUGUCUGGAUUUGAACUUGGCCCUGUUUUUGACUAUCACCCCAGUGCUAGCCCUACAGAUACCAGAUACGGAAAAUGAGGCACAGGGAGGCAAGUGACCCGUCUGAGGUGUGAAGCAAGCUCAGGAGAGGCUGGGAGGAGAACCCUGUGUUUCUGGACCCCUGCCGAGGUCUCUUUGAGCCCUUUCCCCACCCAUUCUCUUGUUCAUGGUAAUCUCCCAAGGCAGGAGAUAAUAUUCAUUAGCACCUGGGCUAUCACAGUCUCCGGGCGUGGCCCUUCCUCAUGCCUGCACAGUCCCUGGGCCUUUGCCUGUGGCUUCAAUACUCCUGAUGCCUGGAGGGCUGCAGUCACAGCUGGUGCCUCCCCACUCCUUCCAGCUCUUCUUCUGUCCCCCAAUCAGCCCAGCAUCCCAACUGGCCCCUGACUAGCUCUCUGAAUUUGCUCUCCUUCCCUCUGAGAGGUUUUCAGGCAUAAAUUGGAUUAUACUCCACUUCUAUUGCUUAGAGUAAAACACCAAAUUCUUAUCCCUGUCUCCAAGGCCCUGCCCUGCCGCGACCUCCUCUCCUGCCCCUCUGGCCCCCCUCAGUCCAUGUGGUGUCUAACCCCAUGCAGGCCCCCCUCAGCCCAGGCCCCCUUCUUCCGCCUCUCGACUUAUCCUAUUGGCUUAACGUCUGCUCCCCCUAGAUCAUAAGCUCCAUAGGACAGGUCCCUGUCUGUGGUGUUCACUACUGGACCCUAACACGUGGCACUGUGCCUGGCACAGAACAGGCCCAGGAAUAUUGCUGAUUGAAUAAAUGAAUGAGUGGAUGUCUUGUUAUAGGCCCCCAGCAACCCUGAGAAGUGAACCCACCCCCACUGUAGAGAUUAGGAAACCACAUCUGUAAGAGGGAAGUUCCAGAAACCUCAUAAGAACUCAGAGAUUCCUGCUUCCCCUUUUUAGCUUGGAUGUCACAAUAAGUCUCCCUCCAAAUACUGGCAUCAGAGGCAGGCUUCCUGGCAGAAUCCAGUACCAGCUCUGAAUCAUAGAACCUCGGGGUGGGAACAGACUAACCCCUCUCCAACUCCAGCACAGAUGAACCCGGGAAGGUGGUGCAACUUCUGCCCAAUAGCACAGACAGCGAGCUUCUGAGUCAGGAUGGGAAUCCGGAGUUCCCAACAACCUGGACUGCAUCCACAGCAUCACCACGACGUGUCCUGGUUUGGCCAGAAGUCAGGGGCACAGCUUGAGGAGCAAGGCUGACUUUGUCUUUUGCUCCAAAUCCAAUCUCAGAAGAUGAGGCUGCAACCAUGUGUCUGAUACACACACUUCUGAAGAAGAGCUGUUGCCCAGAAGAUCAGUUUCCUUAAGGGUCUGAAUGUGUUCACCCCUUCACGAGCCCCAGCUUGUUAACUUAUACAUCCAGCUUAGUGAAAUGCUCCCUUUAGCACAUGGUUCCAGCGUUCCUGCCCGGCCUCUAUGAGUGCACUUUGCAUUACACCCAGGGCAGCUCACCCCACAGUCAGGGGCCCCAGCUGGCCCCGCCACUCGGGAACCUGCUGGCUGCCUUGUGAAGCUGCUGCCCCAUCUCACAGCUGCUGGGGGUGCUCUCCUGGGGUGUUGGAGGGUGGGUCUGCCUAGUAUGAGUCAUGGCCCCACCAUUUACAGGUUUGAUAACCUCAGGCAAGUCACUCUCCAGUCUGAGCUGCAGCUUCCUUACUGUAAAAUGCUGAUAAUCAUCAGACUUCCAUGGAAAAUGAGAAAAGGUGUAAGGGGCGCAGACAUUUAGCAUCAUUCCUGGCAUGUGACAGGUACUUCAGCAAACGAGAAUUUUCAUUCUUCACCAUCUAUCUCUUUUUCUUGUUCCUGUCUGUCUGCCUGCCUGCCUGCCUUUUUCUUUCUUUCCAUUUUAUUAUAACAGUUUUAUCAAGCUACAUUUGACAUAUUAUAGGAUUCACCUGUUUAAAGUGGACAGUUCGGUGGUUUCUAGCACAUUCAUGGAGUUGUGCAUCUACAAUCACAAUCCGUUUUAGAGCAUUUCAUCGCCCCCCAAAAGAAACCCUGCACCUCUGAGCUGACCCCCACACUCCCUGCAUUCCAUUCCCUGCACCUUCACACCGAGGUGGCCACGCAUCUGCUUUCAGCCUCUCUGGAUCUGCCUGUGUGGCAUUUCAUGGAAUAGGUGCUCUUCUGUGCCUGGCUCCCCUCACUUAGCAUAACAUUGCCACGGUGCUACCUUUAUUUUCCGCCUUUUCUUCCUUUGUCCCUUUCUUCCAUCCUUUUUGCUGUGAUUUUUCCCUCCCGUCUGUUUCUUCUUUCCUUCCCUUUCUUCCAUCCAAGGGCCCAUUUUUCCUUCCCCAAGUGUUUGGGCUUUAGGGCAGCUCGUGGCCGCUGCAGGCCCUGGGUGGAGAGCUCGAGGCUGCAUCAUGGGCCACCGGAGCCCAAAUCCCUGCCCGCCCAGCUUCUCAGGGCCUGCACUUCUGCACAGCGGCCACGCGGAGCAACGGCGCAAGCUCACAGUUAAUCCUCUUCCUCUUUGUCU